AGAACUUUGUGCAGAAGAGAAAGAACUUCCACUUUUUCACAACAGGCAAAGAAAGGAGAGAGAAGCCACCGAGACAACUGAAUCUGCACGGAGGAUGAUUCCCGAACGCUUCCUUUUGCUCUCGGCAGCUGGGCUGCUGUUCCUCGCCACAGCACUUUCCCUUGAAUGCACCAAAUACAACGUCAAGACCUGCGAGGAAUGCAUCCGUUCCGGCCCAGGCUGUGCCUGGUGUAAGAAGCGGAAUUUCACAAAAGUGGGAGAACCAGAUUCCAUCCGCUGCGACACCAAGGAACAGCUCCAGCAGAGGGGGUGCGAAGAGGACAUUGUUUUCCCAGAAAGCUAUGCCAAUCACUACCCUUUGCCUCCACCAAAUAUGAAGAAACAAAUCUACCCGGAUGAGGUGCAUCUGCGGCUAAGACAAGAUCAACCUGCUGUUUUUAAUGUGACAUUCCGCCGUGGUGAAGAUUACCCGAUUGAUCUGUACUACUUGAUGGACCUCUCGUACUCCAUGGCAAACGACCUGGACAAUGUAAAGAAGCUAGGAGGCGAUCUGCUGAAGGCUCUCAACAAAAUCACGAGACUUGCCCGGAUAGGGUUUGGUGCCUUUGUGGAUAAGACCGUGUUGCCCUUUGUUAACACACAUCCAGAGAAGCUGCAGAACCCUUGUCCGAUCAAGGAGACCCGGUGUCAGCCGCCGUUUGCUUUCAGGCAUGUGCUCAGCCUCACCAAUAACGCCAUGCGGUUUGAGCAGGAAGUAGGGACGCAGUACAUUUCGGGAAAUCUUGAUGCACCGGAGGGGGGGCUGGACGCCAUGAUGCAAGCUGCCGUUUGUGGGGCUAAAAUUGGCUGGAGUAAUGCCACUCGCUUAUUGGUGUAUGCGACAGAUGACGGUUUCCAUUUUGCUGGGGAUGGAAAGCUCGGAGCCAUCUUAACGCCUUUCGAUGGGAAAUGCCACCUGGAGGAAAAUAUGUAUAAAAAGAGCAACGAAUAUGACUAUCCAUCCGUUGGCCAGCUGGUGCAAAAACUUGAAGAAAACAACAUCCAGCCCAUUUUUGCAGUUACCAGUAAAGUCGCCGAUACAUACCGAAAACUCAGUGAGAUGAUCCCCAAGUCUGCCGUAGGAGAACUGCAGGAGGAUUCCAAUAAUGUCAUCCAACUUAUCCAGGAUGCUUACAAUAAACUCAGUGAGAUGAUCCCCAAGUCUGCCGUAGGAGAGCUGCAGGAGGAUUCCAGUAAUGUCAUCCAACUUAUCCAGGAUGCUUACAAUUUCAUGUCGGCCCAAAGACCUCCCCAAAGGUGCAAUCCCGGUUUCACCGGCAAGAACUGUGAUUGCGAGACCGGAGGCAAAUCCAGCAGGGAACUAGAAAAGACUUGUCGAAAAGACAAUGCCUCGGUCAUAUGCUCCGGCCUAGGGGACUGUGUGUGCGGACAGUGCGCCUGCCACACCAGUGAUGAUCCCAAAAAGCAGAUCUACGGGACCUUCUGCGAGUGUGACAACGUCAACUGUGAACUUCACGACGGCCGGGUGUGCGGAGGGGAAGAACGAGGACGUUGCGACUGCGGGAAAUGUAAAUGCAACCCUGGCUUUGAAGGCAGUGCCUGCCAUUGCAGGAGUACAACAGACGGUUGUGUGAAUUUGAAGGGGAACGUGUGCAGCGGCCGGGGUAGAUGCGAAUGCAACACGUGCCGCUGCCAGCACGGCUACCAGCUCCCGUUUUGCCAAGAGUGCCCAGGAUGUUCAUCGCCUUGUGCCAAAUACAGUUCCUGUGUCGAGUGCCGAGCCUUUUCUAGUGGGCCACUGGAAAAGAAUUGCUCGACAGCUUGCUCAAACAUUAAGCAAGAAAACACGCUGCCACCAGGUAGCAAAGCGUGCAGAGAGAAGGAUUCUCAAAACUGCUGGAUCUCCUACAAGAUGUUUCAGGAGGAUGGAGAAGAGCAGUAUUUGGUGGAAGUCAAUCCGGAAAAAGAGUGUCCAGAGCCCCCGAAUAUUGCGGCCAUCGUGGGCGGCAUCAUCGCCGGGGUGGCUCUCAUCGGGCUCCUCCUCCUCAUUAUCUGGCGAUUCGUGACGGAGCUGAUUGACCGCCGGGAAUAUCGCCGGUUUGAGACGGAAAAGGCCAGGGCCAAGUGGAAUGACGCUGACAACCCUCUCUUCAAGAGCGCCACGACCACGGUUGUGAACCCCAGGUUCAACAGCCAGUGAAAAGGAACUGUAGCAGCACCGUGGCGCACCGAAGCAAAAAUGAUGGAAGAUGACCCCCCGUUUGCUGUAUUAUCCACUGUAUUCUUAAUUUUUAUCCCCUUGUAGUUAAGGCGCAAGAGAAUGUCCUGUUUUAUCCAUGUCACGUUGUACAUUUUCGGGAACCUGUUGCGUGGCUUCUGCAGACAGGUUUUCCACUUCAGUGAUGAAAGCAUCUCGUCUAGGUGCUAUAUUGCUUAAUUGCACACCCCCAUGGAAUUGCCACAGCUUGCCCCCUCCCCCUUACUACAUGCGUACAUGUGUACACACGCACACACACAUAGCAAGUGUCUAAUCCAUCAGCUCCUGUGAGAAAUUGAAGCAUUAAUAGUAGCAAAAGAAAGGAGGGUGAUCAUUACAGUAUUGGAGGCUGGCCCAUUAGGGUAAAUGGGGCAGCGCUCCCCCCCCCAGGUCCUCCUGCACUGUCCUUGGCAGACAGUCCCUACAACUAGUAGGGUUGCCAGUCUACAGGUGCAGCCUGGAGAUCUCCUGGAAUUACAACUGAUCUGCAGACAGCAGAGAUCAGCUCCCAAGGAGGAAAGGCAUUAUACUCCCUGCCCUCUCCAAACCCCACCCACUCUAGGCUCCACCCCCAAAUCUCCAGGAGUUUCCCAACCCAGAGCUGGUAACCCUACGAAGCUCCGUCAGUCUCUGUCUUGUCUUUGUUUAACUCAGCACUUGCAAGCAAGCAAAUCGGCUCCCUGGAGAGGGAUUUUUUGUUGUUGUUCAGUCGCACAGUCGAGUCCAACUCUUCAUGACCCCAUGGACC